CCUGAGGACAGCCAUUUCUGUGUCGUGGCUCUCUAACAAAACACGAAGGUGGAGUGGAAGACGUGAAUUGCUGGCUCUCAUUUGACCACAAGGCCGAUUUUCAUGAUUUUAAGAGCAAAUAUAUUUAGUCAAUUGAUCUACACUUAGAUAGCUAACGGGAUUCACCAGCUCCGGAUAUGUCCUUCAUAUUUGAUUGGAUUUAUAGUGGUUUCAGUAGCGUACUGCAGUUUCUAGGACUGUACAAGAAAUCGGGCAAGUUAGUAUUUCUUGGACUGGACAAUGCUGGCAAGACAACGCUACUGCACAUGCUCAAAGAUGACAGAUUGGGACAGCAUGUGCCAACUUUACAUCCAACCUCGGAAGAGCUGACGAUCGCUGGCAUGACCUUCACCACCUUUGACCUUGGAGGCCAUGCACAAGCUCGCAGAGUGUGGAAAAACUACCUCCCCGCCAUCAACGGCAUAGUCUUCCUUGUGGAUUGCGCGGACAUACCGAGAUUGGCUGAGUCCAAAACAGAACUUGAUGCACUAAUGACAGAUGAGACCAUUGGAAACGUGCCUAUCCUGGUCCUCGGCAACAAGAUUGACAGACCAGAAGCCAUCAGUGAGGAGAAACUGCGUGAGCUGUUUGGAUUGUAUGGACAGACAACAGGCAAGGGCAACAUUCCAAUGAAGGAGCUGAACACGAGACCACUGGAGUUGUUCAUGUGCAGCGUGCUGAAGAGGCAGGGCUACGGGGAGGGCUUCCGCUGGCUCUCCCAGUACAUCGACUAGAGCCCCGGCAGCAGGAGGCGCUAUAGGGAGACUCCCCCACUUCUACCACCACCGCCACCACACUCAGUCCCAUGUUUGGUUUAUAAAGUCUGCCUCCGCUAUCAGAAAAGAUGGUACAACUUGAACCCAAUAGACUUUUAUUGGUCUCUGGAACAUUUUUUUUUUUUGUGGCUUUUUUUCCUCUUUACUCUCUUUUUCUAAGAGAAUUAACAUAGCAUCGAUUGUGCAGAAGUGUUUAAAAAAAAUUCUAACUGAUGAAUAUUUUCUAUUCUGUUUCAAUCUUUUCACCUCCCCCAGUGACAUCUGUUGGUGUGAUAAAUGCAUUAUAACUGUCAAUCUGUAAAUGAAUCUAAUGGUAUAGGCCCACCGUACCCUUACAGCACAUUUUGAGCAAUGAGACAGAGCUGAGUAGUUGUACACGUCGCAAUACACUUUUUUAACAGGAAAGACAACAUGCAGACGUGACUCGUGUUUAAUCGUCAUGUUUCAUUCAUGUAUUUUUUUUUCAUCCUAUAUAUAUUUUUUACAUUAUUUCAAUAAACAUAGAAAGAAAUGUGGUCAUGUAGACAGCAGCACUCACCCUUAUGUGGCUGUGUCAUACUCUUAUAUUAUCCAGAGCCCUGCAUUGAUCUACAUUAAUGUAUUGGAAACACUUAAAUUCCUUAGGAGGUUGUCACUUAUUGGCAUUUAAGAGGAUCACAUUUCAAUAACACUGCACUGACUAGUCCCAGGCUCCAAGACAUGAGUGGAGGUAGGCCAAAGGGUUGUAGGCAGCAUGGACCUCUCAGGGUCCACAUGCAGUGGCAUGAGAAGAUGGUAGAAAGGAACAUGGACCACAAUGGGAGGGGACAUUUUAAUUCAUAAGAAGUAAAAGGAAAGUAAUUAUUGGCUAUAUAACCAUCUCUUUGAGUCUGAGGUUCGAAGUUGAAAUUGUUAGCUAGCAGACAAGAUCAGAAAGAUGAUAUUUAACUGUGAAUUAAAUGAUUGAAAAUAGCUUGAUAACAUGCAGUAAAAAGUGAUUGGCACAAUGUUAGAAAGCCAUCUUACAGAUGAGUUCCCCUGAGCAGACCCGAACGGGAUGAAUACAUUGACCAAGUUAGAUAUGAGGAAUAGUCCACGAGUGGGAACGGAUAGGCAAACGACAACCUGUAAGGGACUAUAUAAAAUGUACAUGCCCACCAUACAUAGAUUUUUUUUAAAUAAGCGGUUUCCUUGUUCAAUGUGCAUUUAUAAAACAACUAUUAUGCAUGCCGUGUAUUUUUAUUUUUAAGGACCAUUACAGAAGUACAACACGAGGGAGCAAAUGCCAAAUUACAAUGUAGAGAAUUGAGUGCUUAUCUCAAUUGUUUUAUUUUUAAGAACCAUAAUGGAAUGGCGCAUAAUACUUUUUUUGUUCUGUCCCUUUGCGUCUCUUUAUUCUCUCAUAUUCCAUGAGCUGUUCCGAUAAGGGAGAGACUUUCUGUUUGCAUCAUAAAUUGAAAUAAAUGUUUGCAAUGAAUAACAGGUUAA